AUGAAGUGUAUCACGGAAAGCGCAGGAAAAUAUUUUCAAUUAGAUAAGACAACCAAUCGAAAAAGGAAAGAAUGGUUAACAGAUGACAUUUUGAAAAUUGUAGAUCAAAAAUCAUUGGCUUUUGUUGAAUGGCAGAAUCAUCGUGGUAUGAAUUUAGAAACUAAAUAUCGAAAUAGUUACAGACGUCUUCGAAAGUCAGCCAAAACAAUGAUUGAACAUCGACAAGAAGAAUACUGGGACGAGGUAUGUCAGGAGAUAGAAAUUUCAAUGGAACAAAAUGAUCCAGUUCGAGCAUUUUCAAUUAUACGGCGUCUACGAGGUGGAAGUAAAAGAUCAGAAAACAUGCCAAUCAUGGACAAAAAUGGAAAACUUAUUGUCAACUCAACAUAUCGAUUAGAACGAUGGCGCGAGUAUUUCAGCGAAUUAUUUGAUGUGCCAUCCGAUGUCAAGCAACACUUGAUUGAUGAAAUCCAAAUACCAGCUCUUGAAAAGAAAGAAGAAGAUCGACAGAAUGCUCAAAUUACCUAUGAAGAAGUACGGAGAGCAUUAUGUCAAAUGAAGUCCAGAAGAGCUCCAGGAAAUGACGAAGUUACAGCUGAUCUUUUGAAAGCUGGUGGUGAACCGGUGUUACAAUGCCUUCAUUCAAUCUUUAACGAUGUAUGGGAAAAUGAGAAAAUGGUGGAAAAUUGGAACAUGGCGAUCCUAAUUCGACUAUAUAAAAACAAGGAUGAUAAAAAACUAUGUGAUAACUAUAGAGGAAUUUCACUGCUCAAUGUGAUUAGCAAAGUUUUCUCCAGAAUAAUCUUGAACCGUAUUCAACACCUUAUCGAUAGUCAGUUAUUAGAAAUACAAUCUGGCUUUCGUCCUAAUCGAUCAACGGUUGAUCCAAUAUUUAUAUUAAGAAUGACAAUGGAGAAAAUGAGAGAGUUCAACAAACCAUUAUUUUUAUGUUUCAUUGAUGUAGCCAAGGCUUACGACUCAGUUAAUCGUGAAUUAUUAUGGAAGGUAUGUCGGAAAUAUGGAAUCUCCGAGAAACUGGUUCGAAUGUUUAGAAUGCUAUAUAACAACUCUAAAGCAAAGGUUAGAAUUAAUGGUGAACUGUCGGACAGUUUUGAAAUUGACAAUGGUGUUAUGCAAGGAGGAAUACCAUCACCAGUCCUGUUUAAUAUUGUAUUUGAUUUCAUCAUCAGAAAGGUUUUGGAAGAAGCGAAGGUUGCUGGUGUGCAAUUUUCAUAUGGUAGCAAUGAUUUCUUUCAUGGAGACCGUGAAAAUUAUGAAAACUUCUCUAUAUUAACAUUAUUAUAUGCUGAUGACUUGGUGGCAAUGUGCGAGAACAUAGAUGAUCUAGAGAAAUUUACUGGAGCCUUUGAAAAAAUUUCUCAAGAAUAUGGUUUAACACUUAAUGUGAAAAAGACUUGCAUAAUGUCGUUACAAGAAUUCAAAGAAGAUCAAGAUCGCAAGGUGUUAAAGGAGCAAGAAAAGAUUCAUCCUGAUCCAAAUAUCAUCAUCCGCAAUCAGAAGAUUAACAUUGUUGAUUCAUUCACCUACUUGGGAAGUAAUGUAACUCGCGAUCAACGUCUUGAUAAAGAAAUAGAAAUUCGAUUAGCAAAAGCGUCCACGGCAUUCAAUAUGUUAAGAUUUGCAAUUUGGCAUCGAAAAUCUGUUAAGAUGGGGGCGAAGCUUCGAAUUUUCAGGGUUUGUGUUCUACCGGUGCUCCUAUAUGGUAGUGAAACAUGGUCCACUACAACAACACAUGAACUAAGGAUUAACAAGUUUUACAUGAGAUGUUUACGUACGAUUAUUGGCGUUAACCUUGGAGACAGAUUAUCAAAUGAGAAAUUACUGGAAAUAACUGGGCAACCAUCAAUCGAGAAUAUCAUACGUAGAAAUAGGUUAAGGUGGUUCGGACAUAUUAACAGAGCUUCAAUGGAUAAUAAUGAGCCAUCCUUAAUUAAGAAGAUCAUGUUUUCAUAUUUCCAUGGCGAGAAGCGGCCGCGAAACAUUGGCAUUAGAAAAAGAUGGGAAGAGAAGGUGGUACAUGAUAUUGAUGCACUUGGAAUUAAAAACUGGAGAAGGUUAACAUUGGAAAAGGAUCGAUGGCGGGAAGCGAUAAAUAGAAAUACACAAGUCAAGCCUGUACACUAUCAGAUCAAAGAAAUAACAUUUGAAUAUAAAAGGAGAGCAAUUGAUCGAAGAAAUAAAGAAUUAGCAGUGAUUCGGGGAGUUGGGCAUCGUAAAGCUACAGAUGUCUUAGUAAAAAACAUUAAUAAUCUUUACAAGUGUCCCGGAUGUGGUAAACAGUUCAAGCCACAAGGAAUAACAAACCAUGUCAAAGCAUGCUUCAAAUCAAAAGAUUGGUGUAAGAAGAAUAGGAUCAAGUGA